GCCCGCCGUGGCGGGAUGCAGAGGUAGCGGGGCGGCUGCCUGGCCCCGCGGGCGUUCGGUGGGGCUCGCGCCGGCGGUUAGGAUUUUGCCCCGAGCGGAUGCGUGUGCUCCGUAGCUCCCGGGGCCGCUGAAGGGUGUUUGUGCCCAAAACAAUUUUAUUUGUUUUUAAUUUUUUUGCAAAACCCUCGUUGGUCGGAUGAAGGCGGUCACCUCUACACGGGAGCGGCGCUGUCGGCAAAUGGUAGCGUCUCGCCGGGUGCGGGCAGGAAGAUGUUACCUAUUCCUUUUUCUUUGUGAUCGCCCAAGAGGUAGCCGUGGCAGGAUGGAUCCGUCCCAGGGACUUUGGAGAUGGCCUUUCGUAUGUAACACAGGAGAUAGAUGUUUGUCAGAGAAAAUCUUUUCAGUAGAUGGGCACAGACCUCCUUAUGUUUCUUCCCUGUGUCGUGUUGGUGCCAUUGAGCAUUUAUUGAGACAUCGUUGAUUAUACGCGUGGGGAAUAGACGUGAAUUGUAUAUCCCUUCAGCAACCUUCUGUUAAACUUGGACUCCCAUAGAUCAAGCAACAGAACAGAUGGAUAAUGGAGACUGGGGAUAUAUGAUGACUGAUCCAGUCACAAUCAAUGUGGGUGGACACAUGUAUACAACUUCCCUGACCACUCUCACGAGGUAUCCAGAUUCAAUGCUUGGGGCCAUGUUCAGGGGAGACUUUCCCACUGCCAGGGACUCUCAGGGUAAUUACUUUAUUGACAGAGAUGGACCACUUUUCCGAUACGUCCUUAACUUUUUAAGGACUUCGGAGCUGAAUUUGCCAUUGGACUUCAAGGAAUUUGAUCUGCUCCGGAAAGAAGCAGACUUCUACCAGAUUGAACCCCUAAUCCAGUGUCUUAAUGACCCCAAGCCUUUGUAUCCUAUGGAUACCUUUGAGGAAGUAGUGGAGCUGUCCAGCACACGGAAGCUUUCCAAAUAUUCCAAUCCAGUGGCAGUGAUCAUAACACAGUUAACCAUCACGACCAAGGUCCACUCCUUACUGGAAGGCAUUUCAAACCACUUCACCAAGUGGAAUAAGCACAUGAUGGACACCAGAGACUGCCAAGUUUCCUUCACAUUUGGACCAUGUGAUUACCACCAGGAGGUUUCUCUCCGAGUCCACCUGAUGGAGUACAUCACAAAGCAAGGCUUCACGAUCAGAAACACACGUGUCCACCACAUGAGUGAACGGGCCAAUGAGAACACGGUGGAGCACAACUGGACUUUCUGUAGGCUGGCACGGAAAACGGAUGACUGAUGUUUGACUCCACAAGAGCAGUGUCAGUGGCUAGCGGCUUUCUGGACAGUGCACCUGUGUGGACCUGGGUUUGACUAAACCAACAGUGUGUGCUUCUUUUAUUUUUUUUUAUAUGACUAUUUAUUAAUAUUCAUUAAGGUCUAGGGAAGUUACUUUCUCUAGCAGCUCUGUUUUUGUUUUGUCCAGAAACAAAAAUGCAUGUGCCUGUUCAAACUGUUGAGACACUUUUUGGGAAAAGGGGGUCCUAACAACCAGUGGGAUAGGACCCUAUGUGUCAUUAGCACAGCUAAGUCAUUUGAAGUGCUAAAAUUUGCCUCUGUUUUAAAUGGUCUCUAAUUCAGCUAAUGCUAAACCGCCAGGAAUAAAGAACAAACAGAAUUUAAGAUGCAGCUGGGGAAAAGCAACAAUCAUGUAGUGUAACCUAGUUUCUAAAUCAGUAAACAGUAUUGUAAUAUUUUAGGAAAACAAAUCCCAGCCCCUUUUAAAGUACUUGUUAAGUACAAUUUCUUACAGUUAUGACGACUGUUUUUUUCUAUGCAUAUAAAUCAAGCAACCAAAUAUUAUCUGUAGCCAUGGAAAUACAAUUAGAAAUAUUUAUAUUGGAUUCUGAAUGCAAAAUGUUCCUGUGGUAGAAUUCAUAUUUUUAAUGCCUGGUGCAUUGUUAUUCCCAAGUGUAAUGCCUGCCAGCAAGAAGCUAAUAAAAAUGUGAACUAUGAAAAUAAGCUUUUUAUCUUGUUUGUGUCUUUGUAAUUUAUUAUUCUAGGAAAACAGAAAAUAAAAUGUAUCAGUGGAUGGAAGUGAAGCUGCCAGUCUGCUACCCUCAAUACCAUGUUUCUGGAGUAUCGUGAAAACAGCUCACUUCUAAAAUUCAAGUUACAAGAUCUUGUGCUGUUGCAACAGAUAAUUUUAAUACUAGAAAUUAAAGGGGAGAGUUUGUGUUUAAAAUAAUGGGCAGUUGAAAAGCACUGAAGCUGGUCAGCAGGUUGGCUGUCCAUGGUGUGCCUAGGAGCUGAAUCCUUAUAACUCCGAAAGGGAUGUGAUCAAAAUUUGAUAUGUUCAUCAAAUUAAUUCCAGUACGUGUCAGCACUUCGGUUCCCCUGCUGGGACAGCUGCUGCUACCGUUGUAGUCAAAGGACUAGCUCAGCGUUCUUCCCGGGCAGUCUCACAGAACUGCGUCCGCCUCUCCUGUGCAUUCUGUGGAGCUUCUCAUAUCGUAGACUACAGAGUCCUUCUAUGAGAAUCGGUUAAAGUUAGAAGAUGGUAGAAUUGCCACUUGGAUCUAUGCUUUGAGGGACCAGACCAGUGCAGCUGUAUACACACUCCUCUUUCUAGGUCAAUGUUUCUGCCUUAAGUGAUGCACACCCUUCUCGUUGUGUAUGACCUCCCUCUGCAGCUGGUUCAGUUGCUUUGCCAUCUGGCUAGCCUGGACCCCAGUUUCCUGGAGAUGUUCAGAAACAGCCUGGGCCUUCGCUCUUAGCCGCUGUUUCCUCCAGCGUAGAGUUCCAGGAGCUGGCGGCACUUCAUCUUGGCUCAUUCAGUUGGUUUGCACUUCUCUGGCACUGGAGAACUUGGGUGUCACUUUUCCUUUGUUGUAUCCCCCCCUCUUACUUCCAGCCCCUUUUGUUUUGUUUAUUGCUGUUAAGUGCUUUAUUUCAAAAAAAAAA